AUGGCAUGGGAAGACAAGACCAAUGACGCUUCCCUGGAAAUGGCCUUCACUGCUGCCAAUGCGAAGGGAUCCAAGAUAUUCUUCUCAUUUGACUAUGCUGGCAAUGGACCUUGGGACCAAGAGGUUCUCACCAGCAUGAUCCCAAAAUACGGUUCUAGCUUUGCAUACUUCUUGUGCAACGGAAAGCCAUUCGUGUCUACUUUCAAAGGACCCGGUAAUGCAGAUGACUGGGUUACACUCAAAGCAAAAACAAAUUGCUCCUUCGUGCCGGACUGGUCUUCUGUCGGUGCUAAUCCGGCCGUGGAACUGACAAAUGGGGUUGCGGACGGAUUGUUCAGCUGGUUACCGCUGGUGGGAACCGGGCGUGCAAGAGCCAGAUUCCAGUCACUAAGCCCUGCCUUCUCCCUCAGCAGGUGGUCGGACAUUGAAAAAGGAGCCACGGUUUCGACAACGGCUGAUGUUAGCGCUGAUUUGAGCUUCUGA